UAAAAUGUAGAAUGAGUGCCUGAGCGGUGCAGACCGAAUGAAAACAAAAAGAAAAAGGGGAUUUCUGAGCGCCUGCGGACACUUCUCAAUGGUUGGAUUGUAGUGCAUUAGGAGCUGCGGCAGGGAUGAGGAUCCGGCUGCAGUGUCCCGGCCACGCUGCCAGCCUUCUCUCCGAGCUUAACCGUUGCCGCCAAUCACGUCAGUACUGUGAUGUGUUCCUGCAAGUUGGCAACCGGACAUUCGCAGCUCACCGUGCCGUGCUGGCCUGCGCCGGGACGUACUUUCGCAACUUGUUCACCAGAACUCCCACUGCGUCCAGCGCCGCCUUCUCUUUGGAGUUUAUCUCCCCAGCUAACUUUGAGAAAGUGCUGACAUUUGUCUACACCGGGGAGAUAGUGACUGAUCUCAUAGAUGUCGGGGUCCUGUACGAGCUGGCCGAGCGGCUCGGGGUCAGCGAACUGGUGAAGGCUUGUCACGCUACCUUCCCUGACCUGCAGGCUUCUGUGUCUGCAAACUGCAAUGCCAGCAGUCCCGGUGAUGUCACCCUGGACUCCAGCAUGGUGGCCGCUCCACCCACAGUGGUUGCAGUUAGUGCAGCUUCUGUGCCGUCUGUGUGCUCCUCCGCCGCCUCCUGCUCCUCUCUGUCUUCAUCGGCUGGCCCGUCUGCUGCCCCGACUCCUGCUGCUGCUCCCUCCCCUCUUUUCCAAAUCAGGAUGGGCAGGUCAGGCCGCGAAAUUCAAGCCGGGCCUCUGUCUCUGGACCUAAAGGCAGAAGAUGUCCAGUCUCAUAUCGGCUAUGGGCAGAUGGGAGCAGAUCAUCAGUUACCAGGAGCACCGCCUUUAACCACCAGCAGCAGCAGCCUUUCCCUUCAGGCUGACGGCUUGCAGCCUGUGGGGCCUGUGCUCCAGCUGAAGACUGAGCACGGGCUGGACGAUGGGGAGGCGGGAGGCUGCUGUGAGGACGGUGACACAGAUGGUCAAAUGGUUUCUGACAGCGCGGGCGACUCUUUGUCUCGGAGCAGCAACCCUGUUACGUCUGAGUCUUGCUCCCUCCCUGACUCGUCAGCUCAGCUCGGCGCCGAAGCCUGCGCCCCGACAUCAUCCUCGGGAGAGUCUCCAGGCAGCCUUCAGGUGGCAGCGGUGGAAGGUGGCGUGGUCGACGUGCAGCAGGACAGCAGGCUGAUGUUUGGGGAAGUGGAGGAAGGAGACACUGAGGAGGAGAGGGAGGCUCUGCAAGGUAAUGGAGCAGUGGAGGGAACAGAGGAAGAGCAGUGGAGACAGUUGGCAGGAGAGAUCAUCGAGCUGAGCGACGAUGAGAACUUCAUGGAGGAGGGAGAGGAGGAGGACGAGGAUGAAGAUGACCUUGUGUGUGUGGAGAAUGGAGAUGGAGGGGAUGCGAGUAGCCAGGUGACAGGAAGCACGGUGACAUGUAAAGCUUGCACAGUGGCACUCCCAGCAGAUCCAGCUGCCAUCAGAAGACACGGUGAGACGCACCUGACGGAGCUGGGGCUCUGCAGGGUGUGCGGAGCCUCUUUUCCCGACCGUGCCGCGGGCAUCGCCCACUCCUUCACCCACGUGGGAGUGCAGCUCUUCACCUGCGACAUGUGCCACUUGCAGUUCUGCAGUCAAAAGAAACUGCUGCGGCACCACCGCCAGACAGCAUCCAGCUACGCCAUCCCACAGGGGGCGCUGACCAACAGCAGCCACAGCCAAGAGCUGCAGUGUGCUGUAUGCACCAAAUCCCUCAGCAAGGACUUCCAGACUCUCAAAGACCACCUGCUGAGCCACGUGUGCGCCCAGAGCCUGAGCUGUGGCGUGUGUCACCUCCCCCAGCUGUCCCUGUGCUCCCUACUGUGGCACGCCCUCGCCCACCUCUCCCUGCCCGUCUUCACCUGCCCGCACUGCGCCCGCUGCUUUGUAGAGCGCGCCCUGCUGGACAGACACAUGGCUGUGCACGCCGAGGAGGCGGCAGCUAAGGAGAGAGCGCAGUCGGCGCUGAGGGCUUACGGAGUCAAAGCAGAUGGAGGUGGCAGUGGAGGAGGAGCGGAGGAGCUGCAUUGCUUCCUGUGCCCGCAGACGUUUCGCUCGUCCUCUGCGUUUCAGUACCACCUCAGUCUGCACACCAGCGACUCCACGGGGAGCGGAGGAACCGCUGGCGGCCAGGGGUGGUUAGGAAAACGUAAAGCGGAUCAGUCUCUGGAGUGCCCGCCGUCUUCCUGCUCCUCCUCAUCGUCACGGGACGUCAGCGGGCUCGUUAAGAUGAGCAACUUCGGUUUGGGUUUGGGAAUGGGCAUCAGCGUGUCGGACAAGUUUUUUCAAGGGCCGAUGCACGGCGUAUCCUCUGGAGUCCUGACGAACGGAAGCUCCAGUCAGGACGGCGGUGUCGGACCUGCAGGGGUGCGUGGGAAGUGGUAUCGGUGUCGCUACUGUGGUAAACGUUUCGCCCACUCGGGGGAGUUCACCUACCACCUCCGUAUCCACACCGGGGAGAAACCCUACCAGUGUAAAGUGUGUCUGCGCUUCUUCAGGGGGCGCUCCACCAUGAUCUGCCACCUGAAGACGCACGCCGGCGCCCUGAUGUACCGCUGCACCGUCUGCGGCCUUUACUUCUCCACGCUGAAGCUGGUGUCGUCACACAUGGAGCUCCACAAGGACCACUUACCGCCGGACUUCAACAUCGAGCAGACCUUCAUGUACAAUGAUCACUCUAAAGAACCGCUGCCCACUGUGGACACCUGAUCAGCUCCUCGUUUCCUCCCUGACGCCUCCUCUGUGUCUGGUUGUCGUGGACCACAAGCUGCUGAUAGUAGACUAGAGCUUUAGCUAACUGAUGCACCAACAUCAGUUAGCACCUAUCAACAGAUAGGACAUUUACUGAUGACUCAUGCACAUCUGUCAUGUUACAUCAAUUUAAUGCCGGCUAACUGUUUAAAAUAAGUCAGAAGCGCUAGAAGUUUCCAUUCUUGUUUUUAUUAGGAGGAUUUCUUCAUCCUCCUAAUAAAAACAAGAUGCUUUGGCUGAAAUAUUAUUAUAAACACUGGUAUUAGCCCAGUGCAGUGAUUUUCUAAUGUUUUCAGUUAAUCACGUAGUCUCUAAAUUAUUGUAAAAGAUCUCAGUAUUGCUUAUUUUGUCCAGCUAACUUUCUCAAACACACAAAUGGAACCAGAACUACAUAAGAACAAAACCUAAAAACUCUAAAACUAGCCAUUACUAUGGAUUAAAGAUGGACGAUUCUCCUACUAAAGACCAUUUGCACUGGUCAGAUUCUUGACUGAGUCUGUUUUCAAAAAAAAAAAAAAAAAAAG